UCGUCUCGACUCUCCAGUUUCCAUGGAAUUCCCGCCACUCUGAUUAGAAGACUUGCCGUAAGCAACUCAAAAGCUCAAUAUAGCAUAUAUUUUCUAGGCCCCACGCUAACCAGCAAAUGAAUUGUCGCCACGUAAUGCCCUCGACCUCCCUUAAAAACCCGCCAUUUGCCCCUCUCAUUUAAAACUUUUAAAACUAAACCCCUCCGUUCUUCAUUUUUCUUCUCCUUCCUUUGCUCUGCACCAAACAAAACCCUAGAACCCCAAAAUCCCUGUUACCCUCCACACCACUUACUUGCCAUGCACCCUCACUCCUACACGGUCGAUUCCCUCUCCAAAUCACAAGGACUCGCCUCUGCUAUCCUUGCUUCCUCCACCUCCGCCCACAUCUUCUCCGUCUGCUCUUCCAUCGACUCCUUCUUACGCUCUCACACACCCGAUCAGUCUCGCCACUUCUUCUCCCUCACCUUCCCUACCCUAAUCUGCAAGCUCUACGGCUUCGGGGACGCUGCAUCGCCCCCUAAUGGAUCCUACCUCCCGUCAUCCAACGGUGGUUGGAUCAAUAUCAUCCUCCAAUCAAACGACUCUGAUCUCGCUUCUAGAGUUUUCAGUCUACUUGCACCAAAUGGCAUUAUUUUCCAGUCAAUCUCUGCUGUUGAUCGUCAAUCGCUGGUGAAAUACGUGUUCCCGAUCGAGCGAUUGCCGGAAUGGGCCCGGUUCAUACUAUCAAGCGAGAGAGAUUGUCAGGUCUUAAACAAUCUUUGCCCUCUCUUUAGAGGUAAAAUUAAGGAGGAUUCAAUUAAAGGCUCUUCAUAUUACCAAGUCCAGUUAAACGUUUUUGAGUAUUUCAUGUUUUGGUUUGCUUAUUACCCUAUUUGCAAAGGCAAUUGUGAAAAUUUAAACAAUACACCUACGCAAAGAACCAGAAAACUAAAACUAGAAAGUUGGACCUCGUCAUUUCCUGUGUUUUCGCAUUCUAAGCGUGGAAAUGAACAGAAAUUGGAGCAUAAUCUCUAUGUGCGGCUUUUAUAUGCCUAUCUGCGUGCUUUUGUUCCUGUACGUGACUUAGAUUUGCAUCAACCCUAUCGUAGCUCGCUUUUGCAUUAUGGACGUGGAAAUGAUGGGUCAAUUUUGUUGAGAGCAGAGUUUCUUGUUGAUACAUUGGUGCACUAUUGGUUGGUUGAUAAUGAUUUCUCGCCAUUGCCUGUUGAUGUCUGCAAGUCAUUUGGAUUGUCAUUUCCACUUAGGUCAGUUUUAGGUGAGAAUCCACCAACACCUAAUUUAGGUGAGAUGGUGAAGUUACUGGUUAAAUACUUGAACUUGAGUGCAACUGUGGUCAGAGACGGUUCUAACAGUGUGGAGAGCUCAAAUUGGAGUGGGGUUUCUUUAGGUUCAUUUGAUUUGAAAUUAAGGGAAUUUGCUGCAUCUGUGAAUGAUUCGAUGUGUGUGGGUGCCUCAUGGAAUUCGUGGAUUCAGAGACCAUUUUAUAGGUUUGUUUUGAGAACAUUUCUAUUUUGUCCAGUGGGGACUUCUAUGAAGAAUGCUUCACAGGUGUUUUUGGUUUGGGUUAGUUAUUUGGAGCCUUGGAAGGUGGGUUUGGAUGAUUUUAUAGAGUUUGAUGCUAUCGUGGAUGGGUUGGGAAAAGAUUUGAAGAAGGAUAAAGAGGGCAGCAAGGAGGAUGGGUAUUCAUCUCUGUGGCAGGAUUAUGUGUUAUCUAAUUACUUGUACUACAGUUCCUUAAUUAUGCAUUUCAUUGGGUUUGCACACAAGUUUCUUCACACUGAUCCAGAACUGAUAGUCCAGAUGGUGUUGCAGGUUAUGAAAAUACUCACAUCAUCUAAAGAGUUGACUGAUCUAAUAAAGAACAUGGAUGCCGUUUUUCAUUCCAAACAAGCUGGACCGAGCAAAUUGAUGCAUAACAGCUUAUAUAGAUAUGUUCCCUUGAUUCUUGUACAGUUGCAGGACUGGGAGGAUGGUUUAUGUGAGAGUGAUGCUGAUGGAUCUUUCUUGCGUGAGAAUUGGAACAAAGAUUUAAGACUCUUUAGUGAUGGGGAAGAUGGUGGACGACAGCUCCUUCAGUUGUUUAUAUUGCGGGUGGAAGCUGAGUUGCAAACUAGUUCUAGUGAUAACCUUGCAUACAACCUGCAGCUUAUAGAUUCUUUGAAGGCACAGGUAAGCUGCUUGUUCGGUGGUUAUACUGUAAAACCAAUUUCAUUUCCCCUGGAAACAAAACAGCAUGAACAUUUGCGAGAUGAAAUAUUCAAGCCAAGAAGGGUUGGCAAUCAGGCAUUGGCUGAUGUCAAAUAUAAGGGUGACUGGAUGAAGCGCCCAAUCUCUGAUGAUGAGGUUGCGUGGCUUGCAAAAUUGCUUGUGUGGUUGUCAGGCUGGCUGAAUGAGAAUCUGGGGCUGAACCAAGCAGGGAACAGUGAUGGAGGCUCUAAAUGGUCAUAUGUGGAGGUGUCAAGUGGGAAGGAAAAUGUAUGUGGGCCCUCAGAGACGAUGAAAAUGGUGUUAUGUGCUAUUGGUUCUUGGUUCGUUACACUGGGUGCCACAACAGUCGGGCUAAUGAGAAAGCAUGGUCUGAGAAUAAACCUCAGGAUACUGGCAUCAAAGAAGAUUGUGUUGUUUUUGUUGAUGUCUGCUCUAUUCAGUAUAUCGAAGAAGGUUUUUAUUUCAUAGUGUAAAUAAGAGUGAAGGAAAUACUGGGGAGGGGAAAAAAUAUAAAAGAUCGGAAUAGGUUUGAACAGAAAAGGCACUUAAAAAGAGGGGUUGAAAGAAAAAUGUACUUUUCUUGAUGUAUGGCAAGUUUCUUCCCUUUUUCUUUUUUUUUUGUAAAUAAGCAUGAAAAUUUUUGUAGGGCUUUUUUUUUUUUUUUUUGGGCUCUUCAAAUGUGUUUACAUAAGUUCUGUAUUUUCCUCCUUGUCUCCACUCCUCUUAUAAUUCCCUGCAUUUCUGGCUGACUUCUGGUUCUAUAUGAAUAGUCCUUUUGUAGAGUUUUGUAAA